UUCGGGUUCAGGUUUUACAGCAGUUGGGGCUAAUUUCCGCUCGGUGGUGGUUGCAGCGCAGACCCGGUAGCCCUCAGCCCUCGACUCAGCCGACAGCCGUCGCCAUGUCCAACAACAACGCCAGCAACAACUUAAUUAUCGCCCAAAGGGCCGUGAAGCAGCUCCGGUUAGAGGCCAGUAUCCGCAGGAUCAAGGUGUCCCAGGCCGCUGCUGAGCUGAGGAACUUCUGUCAGCAGAAUGCCUCCAAGGACCCCCUCUUGGUAGGGGUGCCCUCCAGCGAUAAUCCCUUCAGACCCCCAAAGUCCUGCUCCCUGUUCUGAGCAGACCGAAAGGUCUUUGAACUGGCCCAUGGAUUUACCCGUCUUCACUUGUACCUGAUGUUGCUGCAGAUCGACCAGCGGCUCUUCUUGGGAUGAUGCAUCACAGGACCGAUGGGCUCAGGAGAGUGAUGACACCCACUCGUUUGCCAAAUUUAAUAGAUCCAUAACUCCCAUCUGUUACAUUAAUACAGGGCCAAACUCAACUUACAAAAAAAAAUGUAAUUAUUGACUCUUAACUUGACUAAUGAUUAAGCCAUUUGUGGUUUACCUGAUUAACGUUUCCGGUUUAAAUUUGCUGACCCAUUGAUGUCAGUGAAAUUCAGCCCACAUUAUUGGCAAAGUCAAACAUUAAUUUAAACCAGAUGCUUAAGAAUCAGAACAUUUUCUAUUUAUGUGUGUGCAUGUAUGUAUGUGUAUAUAUACGUACACACAUAUAUUCAUACACACCCUUAUUAUAUUGUGUGUCUUUACAAAACAUUAACUGUCUAUGUGGCCAACAUGCAUACUGGUAGCUUUUGAGCUACAUUUAUAGGUAUCUUAAACCAUCCAUGCAUUUGUGGCAAUGGUAACGGUGUUACUACUAUUUGAAGGUACAGUGAUAUGGUACAGACUUUAACCACAUCAGUGCAGGGCAUGUGAUUGUCCAUUGUUUCAGUCUUUUUCUCUGUAUAUAGUUAACAGCCUGUUAGGGUUUGCCAGCCUAAAAGUUCCUGUCUUUGAAACACACCAAGGCCUUACACUGUUGGAUAGUGAGUCAUUUAAUGUGUAUUACUUUAGAUACUGAAAUGGCCAAACAGCAAGUUUUGAAUAUAUCUUAUCAAAACCGAUUAUUAUUUCUGUUGAAUGAAUGAUGCUCCAUUGACUUGUUGCGUUAAUUGUUUUCCACAUUGGAAUCAUAUUCCAAUCAACCAAAACGUGUACUACUGUUAGCCUUUUUCUUCCUAACUUUGCUACUUCAGGUAACCUUUUAAACAAUAAACUACUUUUCUGAACACUG